GCUUCAUGUGAAUGAGAUACGCACUGCAGAGUUCAAUUCAGGACAAUACGCACCACGACCCUCCCGAUAUCAUUACCAUGGAGACCUGUUAUCGCACACUUUGGAUGACAGUUGUUCUGGCAUCGAUUACGUGGAUAUCAGCCGCGGUAGGGCCGGUUAUCCGGUGCGAACCUUGUGAUGCUGGAGCCCGGCUCCUGUGCAAGCCGUUGCCCAAGGACUGCGCAGAGAGAGUUCGCGAAACUGGCUGCGGGUGCUGCAUGACUUGCGCGCUGGCAUUUGGACAGCGGUGCGGGGUGUACACGGGGAGAUGUGGCUCCGGGAUGACAUGCCAGCAGCAGCCCGGCGAGACGAAACCUCUCCAAGCUCUGCUGGAGGGACGAGGACAGUGUGCGAACGUGACCAUUAAAAGACCCACCGCCUCUUUACCUGCAAUCAAUGAGAUACAAGAGAAUGUGGGUGGUACUCAGGAGGAGGAGCAAAACACCACUGCCCCAGUGAUCCAAGCCCCCCAAGCCCUUUUCAGCACCAGCAGACCUCAUGUAGUCCCCCCCAGAGUCCCCCACCACCCCUCUCCCCUCCACCCCAUCAAGGCAGAGGUCAUCCGCAGGGAGCAGCUGAAGAGGGCCCAGAGCUACAAAAUGGAGGAACUCCCUGGAGCUCACAGCACAGACCAACAGAACUUCUCCCUGGAAUCCAAGCAGGAGCCAGUGUAUUGUUUUGGUGUUUUUCUCCCCCCUUCUCCUCUUCUCUCCCUCUUUCCUCCCCCUUUCCUCAGUGUUUUGGUGUUUUUCUCUGUCCGUCUGCAGGUGAUGAAAUGUUCUGGGUAUGGGUACUGACGGCUGGCGGUGGCGUGGUGGUGGGAGAUUGGCAAGGCGGUGAUUGGGUACAGUAGCGCUGCCUCUGUGGCUAACCUGUCGUUUCGCCGCAAGGCAUCCGCGUGCCUCCCGGGGGAACGGAGGGGAGCGGUGGCAGUCUGGAGGGGAGCGCCGAGUCUCAGAGCAAGCUGAUGAUGGAUUGGCCCUUUGCGUGUGCCUGUUUGGACUCGCUCUCCUCCCUCCUCUUUCUAUUUUUUAUCCUCUCUUUGGCCCGGGGGCGGGGAAACGAGUGCAGCACAAGGAAUUAACUUUGCCUUGAUUUGCUUUGAUCAGUGACUGGAGCUGGACUUGAGGACAAGGCCUGUCGGCUCCUUUCUAGGGCCUCUUUGAAUGCACCUUAUCCCCUGGCCUAUCCCUUUGUGUAAAGCGUUAGCUAGUUUCUAAGCGGCUUUCAGCAAAGUGUAAGCCCUCACAAGGUGGUCAGAUGAAUUAAUUUCCUAUUAGUUGCCUCUCUUUCUUCUUAUCCCUAGUACCAACAUUGUUUGGGUAUUACUGAAGGGUAGUGCGGUAGGCUACAGAUGGAGCUUGGUGUAGCCUAAUGCUAAUGAUAGCAUCCCUGUCUGAGUUCCUAGAGAUUGAAUUGCACUAUACUAAGUAAGCACACUGUUGUGGCUUGUGUUAGUUUCACUAUUUGAAUAGGAUAAAUUAGUGCCAUUAGGUAACUAUGACAUAAUUAUUUGAGCUGUAGGUAAUAGGCAGAGUGCUUUGGAUUGGAAGAAGUAAUAUGGGUCAUUAUAGUCUGUGUGUAUGUUUAGGGUCCCUGUCUUAGA